UGACACCCUCGGGAUCCCCAAAAAUCGCACGCACUGCGCUGCUUUUCUCCUUUUUUUCCGUUUCAAGAAUCCGAAGUGCUCCUCUUUUCUUGCACUUCGUUGGGUGUUCGCGGGAGAAGCUGCUGCCGUCGGGAGCUGGAGGAUUGUAGGAGUAGGAGAGAUGGUGGAUCAUCUGGUUCUGGCUCGAGUUCUUGGCUGCGAGGUUUGACUGGGUUUUGGCAGGAAGCAGGAGGGAAGGAUGAGCUUUAGUGUCGUGGGCAUGGAGGAGGAGAGUAGCGCGGCGGCAGCGGCGGAGGAGAUCCGGCGGCUGCCAGCUGAGGUGAACUGGGAGAUGCUUGACAAGUCGCGGUUCUUCGUCCUCGGCGCGGCGCUCUUCUCGGGCGUGUCCGCGGUGCUGUACCCUGCCGUCGUGGUCAAGACGCACCUGCAGGUGGCGCCGCCGCCGCAGGCGGCCACUGCGACCGCAGCCGCCAUCCUCCGGCAGGACGGCCUGAGAGGGUUCUACCGCGGGUUCGGCGCGUCGCUGGCCGGCACGGUGCCCGCGCGCGCGCUCUACAUGGCGGCGCUCGAGGCCACCAAGAGCUCGGUCGGAUCCGCCACCGUCCGGCUCGGCGUCUCCGAGCCCGCCGCGUCAGCAGCCGCCUCCGCCGCUGCGGGCAUCUCCGCCGCAGUUGCCGCGCAGGUCGUGUGGACUCCCGUCGACGUCAUCAGCCAGCGGCUCAUGGUCCAGACCUCCACCACCUGCCGCUACCGCGGGGGCGCGGACGCCUUCAAGAAGAUCCUCCUCGCCGACGGCGUCCGAGGCCUGUACCGCGGCUUCGGCCUCUCCAUCCUCACCUACGCGCCGUCCAAUGCCGUGUGGUGGUCAUCCUACUCCAUGGCGCAGCGCUUCCUCUGGCGCGUCGUCGGCGCCGAGCGCUCCGAGAGCUACACGUCCCUGAUGGCCGUGCAGGGCGCGAGCGCCGCGGUGGCCGGGAGCGCGGCCGCGCUGGUGACCAUGCCGCUGGACACCGUCAAGACGCGCCUCCAGGUGAUGGAAGCCGACGCCGCGCGCCCCACGCUGGCGAGCACGGUGCGGGGGCUGCUCAAGGAAGGCGGGUGGGGGGCGUGCUACCGUGGGCUCGGACCGAGGUGGGGGUCCAUGUCGCUGUCGGCGGCCACCAUGGUCACCACCUACGAGUUCCUGAAGCGGCUCUCGGCCAAGGAGGGCUCCUUAGACUAGAUCCUUCAUCCUUAGCCGUAGCGAUCUUCAAGUGACUCGACCGAAUCGUCCUCGAAGCGAUCGAUCCAUGGGUGGGUGCAUGGUUAAUUAGGAUUCUUGUACAUAUUCUCAAGUUGUUUUUCGUUCUGGUUUCUUGAUCUGGUGCUAUAGAGGGACGGCGGGAAGAAGCACUAGAAGGGGUUUUAGGAUGCGAAAUUUUGCUGGGUUUGCUCGCUGCGGCGAUGCUGCCAAUGAUGAUGAUGAAAAUCUCUGUGAAAUGAUAGUUUUCAGUCAAAACUUCUGAUCAUUUCUCUACCUAGAAGUACAAUCUAGCUUGAUUUCGUUAUGGUAGU